CAGUCAGAGUCACUGUCUCACUCUCAUCAUUAUUUUAAAACUUCCUUCUUCUAGCGAAGGCUAUCCUCCUACUCACUCAACUACCAAAAGACAACCUCUUCCUCGCCAGAACUUCCUCAACAGCAUCAUCAUGGACUUCUUCAAUUCUCUAAAUCUUCCCCUUUGACACCUCCAUUACAACCUUCUCUAAAUGGCAACUUCAUCUUCCUUAUUUCGAUCCAAAAAACUCUCUCUUUUCCUCAACCUAUCCUUCCUCUUACUACUCACUCUAUAUCUCAAAACCAAUCUCUUUCCCUCCAACCUUAACUCAACUUUGUUUCACCUAUCCUCCAAUAUUAGACCCCCAACAACCACCAUCUCCCAUCAUCGCCUCCUCAGUGAUAUCACCACAAAUGGUUGCACCGGCCUUCAAAAGUACACUGAUAAUAAGUACAAGUGCUUCUAUGUCAAAACACAUAUUGGCUGCAGGCCUAAAGGGUACAUAGAUUAUCUCCAAAUCUUUUACUGCAAUUUUGGCCAAUUUCCUAUUCUGGGUCAUUUUGUACUUCUGUUAUGGCUUCUUGUUUUGUUCUAUCUAUUGGGAAAUACAGCUGCAAACUAUUUCUGUUCCUCUUUAGAAAGCUUGUCUAAGAUCUUGAAGCUCUCACCUACAAUAGCUGGAGUCACCCUCCUUUCACUAGGAAAUGGUGCUCCUGACGUCUUUGCUUCUAUUGUCUCUUUCACAAGAUCAAGCAAUGGUGGUCUUGGGCUUAAUAGUGUCUUGGGGGGUGCCUUCUUUGUGUCUAGUAUUGUUGUUGGAAUUAUAAGUAUUGUAAUUAACUCUCAUCGGAUUUCGGUUGAUAAGUGUAGCUUUAUUAGAGAUGCCCUCUUCUUCCUCUUCUCUCUUUUUUCCCUACUCUUGAUUGUAGCUAUUGGGAAAAUCAACUUGUGGGGUGCCAUUUGUUUUACUUCUAUUUACUUGGUUUAUGUUUGUGUUGUCUCGGCAAUGCAUUUCUUCUGUGGAGAUAAAGACAAUGGGGUUGGGCACGUGGGGGAGGCUGGCAUACCAUUACUCGGUUAUAUUGAUGAUGAAAAACCAGUCUUGAAAUCCGGUCUUGAAGAACAAGAACAAAUUGCGAACUUUUUGAAUCUUAAUCCAGAAAUUUGUUACUAUGUUGCCAAAAUUGUACAAGUUUUAGAGUUGCCACUUUACUUGCCAAGAAGACUGACUAUACCUGUUGUUAGCGAGGAGAGUUGGUCUAAGCCUUAUGCAGUUUUAUCAGUAACUUUGGCACCACUUUUGUUAGCAGCCCUUGCUAACACCCAGAGAGAAAAUGUGAGCUUAAGGAGCAGCCUGGUGACUUACUUUACAGCGGGGUUAAUUGGGAUGGUUUUUGGGAAUCUUGCAUGUGUGACCACAAAAAAGUCUAGCCCACCAAAGAGGUGUUUGUUUCCUUGGCUAGCUGGAGGAUUUUUAAUGAGUGUCACCUGGACUUAUAUUAUUGCUGAGGAAUUAGUAUCUUUGUUGGUUUCUCUUGGUCAUAUAAUUGGGGUAAGCCCUUCAGUUCUGGGGUUGACUGUUCUUGCUUGGGGAAACUCACUUGGAGAUUUGAUAGCCAAUAUUGCUAUGGCAAUCAAUGGUGGGGCAGAUGGGGCCCAAAUUGCUAUAUCAGGAUGCUAUGCUGGACCCAUGUUCAAUGUGUUGAUGGGUUUGGGUUUGUCACUUGUUUUUUCAUCAUUUUCUGAAUAUCCAUCUUCAUUUGAAAUUCCUGGAGAUCCUUCUCUCUACGAGACUCUGGGGUUUCUUAUGGCAAGCGUGCUUUGGGCUCUUGUGAUAUUGCCCAAAAAAAAUAUGAGAUUGGAUAAGUCUCUUGGAUAUGGGCUUUUGAUCAUUUACUUUUGCUUUCUGUUCCUAAGGCUAGCAUGGGCUUUUGGUCUUCUGAAUCUUCAUGGGAGCUCCUUCAAAGUCUAAAAUGGCGAGCUGCUUUUAAAUGGAGGAACUUUAUGUACAUUAUGAUAAAUUGCACUGCACUACUGUGUCUGUAUGCAGCAAUACGCGAACUUGGUUUUCUUUCUUCCCCCUUAAAAAGGUGGGAUUCUUUUCUAUUAUUGAACUUUUAAUAUUAUGUUGUUGAACACUACCAUAAGAAUCAAAAUUUCCUUGCAGUAAA